CAUGAUUCCCACAAUGCAACGCGAGUCUACUGUAACACUUCCGCUACGGAAGCCCCGAGCCGUGUGCGUCCAAAUAGUGUUCCUCUCACGAAUAUCUAACACAACUGGAUUCUUGGGAUGGACAGAUGAAAGAUUGUCACGUUUUAAUGACUCAACACCUGAAUGGCAGCACAUAAAUAGUUUUCGGGUUGACCAUCAGCAGACAGUAUACGACCUAAUGGGUGGAAAGAAGAAGAAAGCGUGUGCGGCAGCGGCGCCUGUAGCCGCGGCUAGAGGGGCUCCUGCAGCGGCCAACAUCGUGGCAGAAGACCCCUCUGUUGGCAAGAAACCUCCACCGAUCAAGCCAGUGAAACCAGUAAAGGACAACAAACCCAAAGCUCCGAGGACCUACAGCCUGGCCAACACUGCUCAGGUGGACACCGGUGGGGUCGCUGACAAAUCGAUUCUCAAAGUGGUCAUUCAAGUGGACCUGGAGAAGAAGAUCAUCAAGCUGAUCAAUGACUUCAGACAGGAGAAUGGAGACAAGGGGCCAAUAUCCGGGAGACUCACCAAUAAGAAAUUGCUGGACCUUUACACCGCUCUGCAGAAGUUCAACUUCAAGACAGAGCACAUUGAAGAGGCCAUGAAAAGCAGUGUGUUGUAUGGUGGCGAUCUCCACUCGGCUCUCGACUGGCUUUGUCUGAAUCUCAAAGAUGAGGAGCUUCCUGAUGGUUUCCGGCAGCAGAUGCAGGAGGAGAAUCAGAAGAGCAGGCCCAAGUACCAGCCCAUAGUCCAUGAAAAGCCCGCCCCACCCAGCCCCAAAGCAUCCCGUGAUGACUCUCCGAAGGAGGCCAUUAAGAAGGCCCCGGUGAAGGACGAGGCUGCUGUGAAGGACUGGAUCCUCAGAUACGCUGAGCAGAGCAGCGAGGAGGAGGAGGUGGAGGAGAAAGAAAAGGGCGGAGGGAACAAUCUUGCCAGCAGCAUGGAGCAGGAGGGCAAGUUUGACCCAAACGACAGGUACCUGGUGUUAACUGCCCAGCUGUACGACACCAAGGACAUGGCAGCCACCGCCAAGUUAAAAAAAGACAAAGCAUCCCAAAGGAUGGCCCAGGACAGGAUACGCAUCAUACAGCAAGAAAUGAAACCUCUGGAGUCACAUCCAAUGUUCAACCCAGCUAUAAAGGUAGUGGACGCGCCCAAGGAGAACAAAGCACUUCCUGUGGCCGUGGAGGAGGGUCUCAACCUGUUUGAUCAAGUUCCAGUCCCGCCCCCGGCAGUUAAAGAUUCCAAGAAGAACGAGCCAAAGGACAUUCGUGACUUUGACUACACGUCCCGCAGUUGGACGGGCAAGUCUCCGAAACAGUUCCUGAUCGACUGGGUCCGCAAGAACCUGCCCAAGAGCCCCGCGCCGGCCUUCCACAAGGUCCAGGUUGGGAAGUACUGGAAGUGCAAGGUGCGUGUCCAGAGGCUAGAUGACGUGCUGGAGGUCUGUCCCACCAUCCUGACCGAGGACGGCAUGCAGGCCCAACACCUGGGGGCUGUCCUGGCUCUGUACACCAUGGUCAAAGGACAGUCGGUGCACCAGCUGCUGCCCUCCACCUACCGGGACGUGUGGCUGGAGUGGCGGGACCGGGACCAGCAGAGGCAGGAGGAGAGCCGCACCGCCGCCAACAAGCCCCGGGACCAGUUCAUCGCCCGCCUGCUCACCCGGCUCAAGCAGCAGCAGCAGCAGCACGACCCCAGCUCGGGCUCCCAGGACCCCCAUCCCCGGUUCGGAUCCAAGGCGACGCAGCCCGCCGGCGGGGAGGACGAGCCGGAGGAGUCCUGGGAGAACCUGGCGGGCCUGGAGAUGGAGGACGGCGGGGAGACCAACGACAAGGCGGAGGCGGGCCGGGGCCGGAAGGAGAAGGGCGGAGGGUUCGAAGCGUCCAGGGAGCUGAUGAUCAGGAUGAGGAAGUCCCCACUGGCGUGCAAACUCAAGGCGGAGCGGGAGCAGCUGCCGGUCUUCCAGCACCGCCACCGGGUGAUGGAGGCCCUGGGACGGCACCGCGUGGUGGUGGUGGCCGGAGAGACGGGCAGCGGCAAGAGCACCCAGGUGCCCCAGUUCCUCCUGGAGGAGCUGCUGCUGGGGGGGGAUGGGGCGGGCGCGGCGAGGCCCUGCAACAUAGUGGUGACCCAGCCCCGCAGGAUCUCGGCCAUGAGCCUGGCCACCCGGGUCAACCAGGAGCUGGGCUGUGAGGACGCGCCCGGGUCCAAGAUGUCUAUUUGUGGGUACCAGAUCCGGAUGGAGAACCGGUCGGGGGAGGCCACCCGCCUGCUGUACUGCACCACGGGGGUCCUGCUCAGGAAGCUCCAGCAGGAGCGCCACCUGGACUCACUCACACACAUCAUCGUGGACGAGGUGCACGAGCGCAGCGUGCAGUCAGACUUCCUGCUGACCAUCCUGAGAGACAUGGUGCUGCGGCGUUCCGACCUGCGGAUCGUCCUGAUGAGCGCCACGGUCGACUGCACCAAGUUCUCCCGAUACUUCAACAACUGCCCCGUGGUCUCGGUGCCCGGGAGGACCUUCCCCGUGGAGGUGUUCCACCUGGAGGACAUCGUGGAGCAGACGGGCUACGUGCUGGAGAAGGACUCCGAGUACAGCCAGAGGAUCCUGGAGGACGAGGAGGAGGUCAACAUCUCUGUCUCCCAGAAAGGAGGCAAGACGACGCAGCACCAGGAGUUUGUGACGAAGGACGCCAACGCCGGCUGGGACCUGGGCCCGGACCUGGACCACUUCAGCAGCCGCACCCGCCACGUCCUGCAGUACAUGAACCCCAACAAGAUCAACAUGGAGCUGCUCCUGGACAUCAUAGACUACCUGGACAAGUCUCCUCAGUUCUCCUGCAUGGACGGAGCCAUCCUGGUGUUCCUACCUGGUCUGGCUCACAUCCAGCAGCUGUACGACCUACUGUCCAACGACAAGAGGUUUAGGAUCAAGGACCGGUAUGUUCUGGUGGCCCUUCACUCCACCCUCUCCUCUAAAGACCAAGCGUCUGCCUUCACAGUGCCCCCUGCAGGCGUCAGGAAGAUUGUGUUGUCCACUAACAUCGCCGAGACCGGCGUGACUAUCCCCGAUGUGGUGUUUGUCAUCGACAGUGGAAAGACCAAAGAAAACAAGUACCAUGAAAGCAGUCAAAUGAGCUCCCUGGUGGAGACGUUUGUUUCGAAGGCCAGCGCGCUCCAGCGCCAGGGCCGGGCGGGGCGAGUCAGGGACGGCUUCUGCUUCAGACUCUACCCGAAGUUCAGGUUUGAUGCCUUCAUGGAUUACGCAGUCCCAGAGAUACUACGGGUUCCUCUGGAAGAGCUGUGCCUGCAUAUUAUGAAGUGCGACUACGGCUCGCCGGAGGACUUCCUGAAGCGCUCGCUGGACGCCCCACAGCCCCAGUCGGUCAGCAACGCCGUCAGCCUGCUGAGGAAGAUGGGGGCGUGCCACGCCACCGACCACGCCCUCACGCCGCUGGGCCACCACCUGGCCGGCCUGCCCGUCAACGUCAAGAUCGGCAAGAUGCUGAUCUACGGCGCCAUCCUAGGCUGCCUGGACCCCAUCGCCACCAUCGUGGCAGCCAUCACAGAGAAGUCUCCCUUCUCUACUCCGAUGCACAGGAAGGACGAAGCCAACGUGGCCAAAGCUGCCCUCGCGUUCGGGAACUCUGAUCACCUGACCAUAUACAACGCUUACCAGGGUUGGAAGAACUCACGGAUGGAUGGAACACGGACUGAAAUGACCUUCUGUCGGAACAACUUCCUGAACCGAACCGCCCUCAUCACUAUAGAGGACGUGAAACAGGAGCUGAUGAGGAUGAUGGAGCAGGCUGGGUUCUGGUCCCCUCGCUGCUCCUCCUCCUCCUCCUCCUCCUCCUCCUCUUCCUCCUCCAGGGGGCCCUUGGCGCCCCUGUCCAAGCACACCAUCUCGGUGAUGAAGGCGGUGCUCACGGCGGGCCUCUACGACAACGUGUCCCGCGUCCUGUGCACCCUCUCGGUGGACGUGCUGGAGCGGGUGGCCUGCACGGGCGAGACGCCCCAGGGCAAGGCCCAGGUGCACCCGUCCUCCGUCAACCGCAACCUGCAGACCCACGGCUGGCUGCUGUACCAGGAGAAGGUGAAGUACACCAAGAUCUACCUGCGAGACACCACCCUGAUCUCCCCGUUCCCCCUGCUGCUGUUCGGAGGGGACAUAGACGUCCAACACAGAGAACGCCUCAUCACCGUGGACGGGUGGAUUCUCUUCCAGGCUCCAGUGAGGAUCGGGGUCAUCUUCAAACACCUGAGGAAGCUGAUGGACUCGCUGUUGGAAAAGAAGCUAGCCAACCCCAAGAUGAAUCUGGAAGACGAGAAGACCAUCCAGUUGAUUUUAGAGUUGAUAAAGACAGAGAAUACUGUUAAUCUAUGAACAUUAUUAGGAUGGAGAACAUGUGAUAUAAUACAUGAGUUAUUAGGAUGGUGCACAUGUAAAAUGAAUCCAUGAACGUUAUUAGGAUGGAGAACAUGCAAUAUUAUUCCAUGAACAUUAUUAGGAUGCAGUACUUCUUAACAACGAUGAUGUAUACUUUAAAAACACUACAACUGGCCGGUGCCUUGUGUUUUGAUCAUGUUAUUAAAAGUAAUUUAUCCAAAAAUGAAUUUGGAUAGAUUUGUAUGAUGUAGGUGAUGCUUCUUAAGCAAAACUGUAUAUGGAAUGUCCCUGAACAAUUCCAGAGGAAAAAAUAACCGAAUAUAUGGCAAGAUUGAUUUCUUACAGUAUGUAAAGGAAUAAAUACAUUGGUUUUUAGUCAAAAGAAAAAUGCCCUUUUUGUGUUUGAUUUUAUUUCUACUUCAACAUAUUUUUAUUGCAAUGCGUGGUUUCUUUUACAGUGAUCUGGGAGUUGCCACAACUUUAUAAAGUUCUCCCUUUCCUCCUGGUGAGAAUAGCACGCCGCGCUAAUGGGUUUCAGACUUUAUUCCUCUUUUUAAUUCACUCAAGAACCAAACCCUGGCUUCUACUGUCUGUAUGUACCGUACUAACGGUUGAAAUGACAUAAACAUGGGUUGUUUAACCGCAAAACCUAAAUGACUUUAACUAAAGCGUGGGUCGUUGUGUGCGUAUGUGUGUUGGCGUGCGUGUGCGUGGGUCCCAAACAAAAGUAGUUCUUGCCUCAACCUCAUGUUCUGCUGCUGAUUAAGGUUUAUCAAAAUGUGUACAUAAGGAAAUAAAAAUGAAGAUGAUAAGAAGAUGUGACUAGUUUAAUCAUUGUUUAAGGUUAAUAUUGUACAGUGGACAUAUAUACUCGAUACAAAAUAUGAAAGUAUGCUUGAAUAGUAUGCAUAAAAAAUAUACUAUAAAAGACCUCUAUUGAUAUGUUUUAUUGCAGACAGACAUGCAGUUAGAAUAAAAUGUAUUUAGAUCACAUGCAUGUCAAUCGAUGACCUUUUAAGAUAUUACAUCUUUAACUUAUAUUGUAGGCUAGUCGUUUAUUUUCCUCAAUGUACAUAAAUCAAUGUUUUUCUUAGUAACAUGUUUUAAAUUGCAUUUAAAUAACUUUCAACAAACUUAUGCUCAGUUUAGACAUAUUAUAUCAUUGCAUUUGAGCUAUCUGUGUUUUGAAUAUGUUGGCUUCUACAUUGCCACACAACACAACCUUAACAAAAGCAUUCAAACCUAGAACUGGAUAAAACUGUAUCCUGGUUCCUGUAACGUUGAGUAGAUCACAUCAUCUGCAAUCCAAACAAUUUGGUAAUGAUGAACCAAUUUAAAACUGUUAUUGAAAUGUUAUGCCAUAGAAACGGGUCAUUAUCUGACUUAAGUUAAAGGAGACAUA